UACUGUUGAGAUCACACAGAAGCAGAAAGUGAUGUGUGAAAUAAUCCCGAGUUUUUUCCAGGGUGCGGCUGCUCUUGAGUGUAGGGUAAUUACGGUACUGCGCAUGCGCACUUUCCUCAAGCAUCAGUAAGCAGAGCUGAAGGAGGCGAGGAGGAAACAGAGACAGAGAGAGAGAGGGGAGAAGUUGGAUGGUACUUUCCUUUGUCGCCGUGCCUCUGAUCUUACGAUUAACGAACAGCAUUAUCCGUGAUCCGUGAAAUCACACGGUGUGUCGCCGGUUAACGUCUACUCCUCCUGAUUUCACCUAACAAACGGUCAAACCUGUGGCCAGGAUGAUGGAGGAAUCGGUGAGCACGUUUGAGACGCAUCUGACGGCUGUCAUGGACAGUCUGAUCCGAGCCUCGGUGUGUGAGAUCACUAAACUCUUCCAGGAGACGGUGAACGACUACCUGGUGGAGCUGUCCCUCAACAGGAAGGAGAACGAGGCUCUCAAACUGAGGCUGAGGCUCACGGAGAGCAAGCUGAGGACCGAGCGAGUGUACGGGCUGGGCUGGGCUGCCCACCGCCGCAACGCUGGCCUGGCGGCGGCGGAGGAAGGGCCCGGAGGGCGGCAGAAACGAAAAGUUGUGGGGGCCCGCAAGUCAAAGAGGGGCCCGGCAGCAGCCUAUGGCAAAGGCUGGCCUGGAGGUGUGUGGGAGGAAGGAGGAGGUGGCGGUGGCGGCGGCUGUGGUGGGGGAGGAGGAGGAGGAGGAGGAGGAGGAAGUGGAGGAGCUGUGGGGAUGGUAGCAGGAGCAGGAGGAAGAGGGGGGAAGGAGGCCAGGGAGAUGUACCUCAUCCAGUUCCCCGGGGGCGAAGAGGAUGAGGGAGGGAUGGUGGAGGACGAUGAAGGGGAGGGCAGCCUCAGCGGUGAGGGGGAGGAGACGGCCAACAUCAAAGAGGAGUUUUCUCAAACAGAGGGCUAUCAACCUGCCUCUCUCAAGCUAAUCAAGGAGGCUUUGAAGAUGGACCUGCCCAACCAGAACCUCCACACUGGCUCCAGAGCCCAAAGCGAAGGAGACCUGUCAGAUCAUCCCCCAACCCUUCAUCCAGGAGAGAGAGAUGAGGAGGAGGACUGGGAGGUGGGCUCAGCGGAGCCAUCAGAGGGAGGCAUGACCAUGGAUGAGCUGAGGGGUUUGGAGUCCGCGCUGAGGGCUGAGAGAGGUCGUGAGCAGGGCGCCAUGACGGCCUCCCAGCCUGUCAGCCCUGACUCAGAGGCGGCACCAGGUAGCGAGAUCAGCUUGGCUCCCAAGUACAUUGGUCUUGAUGGAAUGGAGCAAGACGAAGAGCUGGAGCCUCAGCCGCCCACCCUGCAGAGAGAAGACCAUAUAGGGCAAAGCAGGGUGAAAGACCGUGUGCGAGCCGCAGGGUUCGGGGUAGCAGAGCUGAAGUCAGGCUGGUCGAAGAAGUUGAGAGAGGGCGACUCAACUGCGGUCAUGACCGGAGAGGAUUUGUUGGAGCAGGGAGAGUCCGAGCACCUGCCUCACCUGUCUGCUCCAGGGAGUGUCGGGGAGAGCGGAGGAGAAGAGGAGGCUGGUGGAGACCUGCUUCACUUCUGCCCACAGUGUGGAGGAGGCUUCAACACAGAGGCUGAGAUGGAGGAGCAUCCCUGUCCACUAGGUGGCGCCCUUUUACAGAGCAGCGGAGCAGAGGAGAGUCUUUUCCCUUGCGCCCACUGCGGCAACACGUUCAGCCACGCCUGGGCGCUUAAGAACCACGAGUGCGCCUGUGCUGCUGAGCGACCGCACUGUUGCGAAAUCUGCGGGAAGCGCUUUACACACUCUCGCUCCCUGGAACGCCAUCAUCUGGUGCACACAGGCGAGAGACCGCAUCGGUGCCCGCAGUGUGGGCGCAGCUUCAGUCGUCUUGGCAACUUGGAACGUCACCAGCGGAUCCACACGGGUGAACGCCCGUACGGGUGCGAGGCGUGCGGAAAACGUUUCAGUCGUGUGGAGUAUUUAAAAAGACACCAACUCAUACACAACAGUGAAAAGGCGACACUCCAGUGCUCCAACUGUGGAACGGGUUUCAGUGAUGUGGAGCAACUGAAAAGCCACCAGUGUUUUUAGAGCCUGUACUUCAAAAUCUCCGAUAGAACUGGAAAGAAAGAGCAGCUUUAAUUGAAUGUGGUAGAAUUUAGGUGAUGAAUGUGACUGAUAGACGCUCCCGUUAUUCUCAGUGAUUUGGAGUUGCCUUUCUUACAAAAAACUGACAGGAUGAGAAGUUAAAUUGACUUCAGGAUAAAGAAGCACAUGCGUGUGUGGAUGAUAGUUGUCGAGUAAACAGAGACGGCAAAUGUCCAAAGUUGAUGGGAAGUCAAUUAUACAUGUCGUUUCUCUGUAAGAGGAGAGAUGGAAUCAAUCUCAGAUGUUCAGCCAUUUUAACUGGAGGUGUUCUCAUUUGUACAAAGCUUGUACUUAUUUAUGAUGAUCAAUAAAAUGUACAUGUUUGUGUUUUUAUCAAUAAUUCACUCAUUUUAAAGCUGAUGGCCUUGUUUUUUUUUUCCCUCCGAUAAUAGAACUGACAGCUUGGUGUUUUGUAUGUUUGUGUUUUGGUCAUAUAAAGAAAUAAACAUGUCAGUUGAUCAGAA